CGAAGUUUGUACUCUAAAUGUGCACAGAAGAUGUGUGAAAAAUGUCGCGAAUAAUUGUGGCAUUAAUCCUCGGGAAAUGGCAGAUACAUUACGAAGCUGUGGUUUGAAUGUCAGCAAAAAUGUUGACUGGCCUGGUGGAAAUGGUAGUUUUAGCGUCAGCAGUGUUUCAGGAAGUGGAAGUGGUUUGCACCGUGAUCUCAGUCAACAAUCUACCAAUAUGUUGAACAAUAUGUCUGAUAAGAAUUCCUUGCAGGACAAACGAAGUAGUGACAAAAUGUCCAAAUUGAAUCAAAGCAUGAGCUGUUUUAACUUAGGUAAUCGAAAAAUGAGUGUAACAGAUUUUAAUUUUAUAAAAGUUCUGGGCAAAGGAAGUUUUGGCAAAGUGAUGUUAGCUGAAAAACGAGGAACUGAUGAAGUCUACGCUGUCAAAGUGUUGAAAAAAGACGUGAUUGUGCAGGACGACGACGUCGAUUGCACCAUGACUGAGAAACGCAUUUUAGCUCUCGCUGCUAAACAUCCAUUUUUAACGGCUUUACAUUCUUCUUUUCAGACUAAAGAUCGUUUGUUUUUCGUCAUGGAAUAUGUGAACGGUGGCGAUCUAAUGUUUCAAAUACAGAGAGCUAGGAAAUUUGACGAGCUACGUGCCAGAUUUUACGCAGCAGAAGUAACACUUGCUUUGCAGUUUCUUCAUCGGCACGGUGUAGUUUAUAGAGAUUUGAAGUUGGAUAACAUAUUAUUGGACAAUGAAGGUCACUGUAAGCUUGCUGAUUUUGGAAUGUGCAAAGAAGGCAUAGUUGACGGAGUAACCACUACUACAUUUUGUGGAACUCCUGAUUACAUAGCUCCUGAAAUUCUUCAAGAAUUAAACUACGGUGCAAGUGUCGAUUGGUGGGCAUUAGGAGUUCUUAUGUACGAAAUGAUGGCUGGCCAACCACCAUUUGAAGCUGACAACGAAGACGAUCUUUUUGAAUCUAUUUUGCACGACGACGUUCUUUAUCCAGUCUGGCUCAGUAAAGAAGCCGUGUCCAUUUUAAAAGGGUUCAUGACAAAAAACCGUAACAAACGUCUUGGCUGUGUGGUGGCUGAUGGCUUGGAAUCGGCUAUAAGAAUUCAUCCAUUUUUUCGAGAUUUAGAUUGGGACGCCUUAGAAAACCGUCGUGUUAAACCGCCUUUCAAACCAAAAAUUAAAAAUAAAAAAGACGCGAUGAACUUUGAUGCCGAGUUUACCAAGGAAGAACCAGUAUUGACACCCGUGCCUGUGGAUGUAACUUUAUCUAUUAACCAAGAAGAAUUUCAAGGGUUCUCAUUUGUCAAUUUUGAUUUUAAUCCGAACAAAUUCACCUCUUCUCAAUCUUCAGAUUCUUCUAAAUAAUAAUAAUUCUACCAAAUAAAACAUUUAACUCUGCUGAAAAUCGAUUCGAAGAGAAUUUUAACGAACAAUCUGCAAUAAACAAAAAUGAUUGUUAUGUGAUACGCACAAGUCUACAUAUUGGUAUUAUUACUCACGAGUUGCCUCUAAUAUAGUAUAUAUAUUAUAUAAAUAUAUAUAUAUAUAUAUAACUUCUAAUAUGAUUAUCACUAUAAUAUUGUCUAGUCUAGGAUCAAUUAAGCGAAUCAAUCGAUCCUGCAAUAUUAAUUAGUUUAGCUAAAUCUAAUAAAAUACCUAAUUUAUUAUUAAAGUAUAUGCCCGUACUCGAAAUGAUCUAGAAUUCUAUCGUAAAUUAAACAGUAUUAUUUUGCAUUUUAUUAUCAAACCAAACUAGUCACUUAUUUUAUUAUCGAUCACCUUCGAAUAUCACUCAAUUAUUUAAUGUGUAUAUAUGUUAAUUGAACGUUAAUUUACUGCGAAUUUUGAUGAUACUUAUUAUUUUUAACUAUACGCUAUGUAUUUUUGUUUACCAUUAUAAACGUCUAUACUAAGUGACCAUCAAAAAUUCGUCAAUCUUUAUGACAUACGAUUUCGUGUGAUAUGACUGUUACUAUAUAUCAUAUAGUAACACAUAUUAUAUAACAUAAAAUUCUAAUACUUACCUACGAAUUUGUUAUGAUCUAAUUAUUAUAAUAUAUUAUUAUAUGUAGUAACCGACGUCGAGAUUUCAAGCUAAUUUACAAUUAUUUUGUUGCCUAAAACGCGUAUAAUAUAGUCCAUUAAAAACAAAAAAACAAAAAACAUCGAGAA